AUGAUACAUUUUGUGUUACUAAUAAGCCGUCAAGGCAAAACAAGACUUGCAAAGUGGUAUAUACCCUUAUCUCAAAAAGAGAAAGCAAAAAUAAUACGAGAAACAUCUCAAAUAACAUUGAACAGAACUCCGAAGCUUUGCAAUUUCGUAGAAUGGAGAGAAUAUAAGCUGGUGUUCAAAAGGUACGCCAGCCUGUUCUUCAUAGCGUGUAUUGACAAAAAUGACAACGAGUUAAUCACCUUGGAAAUAAUACAUCAUUAUGUUGAAAUACUGGACAAAUAUUUUGGUAACGUGUGUGAGUUGGAUUUAAUUUUUAAUUUUCAUAAAGCAUAUUAUUUGUUAGAUGAAAUUCUAGUAACUGGAGAGUUACAAGAGAGUAGCAAGAAAACCAUUCUUCGAGUUGUUUCUGCACAGGAUUCCUUAAUGGAAGAUAAUAAAAGCAGUAAGAAGUUGGGGACAAUAAUAUAG